AUGUUUUCGUCCACACUAAUGAACGAAGCAAUGGCCCAUCCUUUCUACACCUCCGAGGAUGAGGUCGUCUUUGACCAACCUAUAAAGCGAGACCCUCUACCCAUACCUCAUCCAGUUCAAAGCCAUGGAGCCCACGACCUGCUAGACAGGAGCACCGACUGCCCGAGUCCUGUUCCGGGACAAGAUGGCAAAGGCCGAAACCCGGGGCGUCGUCGAAUCCAGGUUGCAGUAAGUACUCAAACCUCUUUCGGGGAUGAACAGUAUCCAUUUCUUACCGUCUGCCAGUGUCAGCGAUGUCGGAAAAGAAAGAUCAAAUGCAGCGGUGAUAUGGGUAACAACCAGGGCUGUUCGAAUUGCGCUUCCGUGGGAAAUGUGAACUGCCAAUUCUUGAGGGUGAGAUUGACCCUUCUGGCCUCUGAGCAGAGAAAGACAGACUUUUGA